UGCGGGACUCUCGAUCCACAGCCUCUCGGAUUCCAAUACGGGUGUUUAUGUAGGAGUCAUGUGAGUUAAGCUGUGUUCCGCGUUGAGCCUCAUGACAAUGAAACAAGAACUGAAACUGACAACAACCUCGCACUUGCAGGUGUCAAGACUAUUUUGCCUUGCAGGCUCAAGAUGUCAACUCAGUGCCGACGUAUGCCGCCACCGGCAUCGCAGCUAGCAAUGCUUCAAGCCGCAUCUCGUAUUUUUUCAACUGGCACGGGGUGAGUGAAUUACUGACGACCGGCCGAGAAGAUGUCACGAGAAAAAAGCUAAUUCCAAGCCAGCCAUCCAUGACCAUUGACACGGCCUGCUCAUCGAGCAUGGUAGCCGUCCAUGAGGCCGUACAGGCCCUGCGGAACGGUACUUCGAGACUUGCCGUGGCUUGUGGAACGAACCUGAUCUUGUCAGCCUUCUCGUACGUUACCGAAAGCAAGCUCGGCAUGUUGUCCCCGGCCGGGCGGUCGCGUAUGUGGGACGCCGGCGCGGACGGAUACGCCCGAGGCGAGGGCGUCGCCUGCGUCAUGCUCAAGACGCUCAGUUCGGCACUAGCCGACGGGGACAAGAUCGAGGCCGUCAUCCGCGAAGUGGGCGUCAACCACGACGGCAAGACCAGGGGCCUCACCAUGCCGAGUGCCACGGCGCAGGCUGCCCUAAUCCGGGACACGUACGCUCGCGCAGGGCUAGACCCGACAACCAAGGCGGGCCGCUGUCAGUUCUUCGAAGCACACGGCACCGGCACGCCCGCAGGCGAUCCGCAAGAGGCCGAGGCUCUGAGCAAGGCCUUCUUCCCCCCAGGGUGUGACGCUGCUCCGGACGAUGUGCUCUACGUGGGCUCCAUCAAGACCGUCACCGGGCACACCGAAGGCACCGCCGGGCUGGCAGGUUUGAUCAAGGCGAUCUUGGCCAUUCAGAACGCCACCAUACCGCCGAACCUCCUCUUCGAAACGCUCAGCCCGGCGUUGGAGCCAUUCAUCAACCACCUGCAUAUUGCUACCAGCAGCCUGCCCUGGCCUGAGGUCCCUGACGGCGCCCCCCGCAGGGCCAGCGUCAACAGUUUCGGCUUUGGCGGGACUAACGCUCACGCUAUCGUCGAGACGUACACGCCCGAGAAUGACACCAAGCACAUGGUUAACGGCACCAGCACAAAAGAUGCGGCCUGCGUCAUCCCCUGCGUCAUGUCCGCCGCAUCAGAGAAGUCUCUCGCUGCGAUCGUUCAGGACAUGCUGGACUAUCUCAACACACCUGAUAGUCCUGUCAACCUGUCAAACCUGGCCUGGACGCUGAGCAGCAAGCGGUCCGCACUGGCGCGGCGCCUCUCUAUCUCCGCCACGUCCAUCGACCAGCUACGCGACAAGCUACAGGCUCAGCUUGGUCUCCCCAACGCCGACGAUGCCAGCACCCAGCCGCCGCGAGCGCCCGAGACGCUGGGUAUCGCGUCCCUCUCGACUCCACCAUCAAUCAUGGGCGUGUUCACGGGACAGGGCGCCCAGUGGGCAGGCAUGGGCAAGAGUCUAAUCCAAACGAUCCCCUUCGCCCGCGAGAUCCUCGCCCGCCUCGACUCGAGCCUCGCCCGCCUCCCCGUCUCGCACCGCCCCUCCUGGACACUCGAGGAACAACUCCUCGCCCCAGCAGAAACCUCACGCCUGAGUGAAGCCGCCCUGUCCCAACCGCUCUGCACCGCCGUGCAGAUCCUGCUCAUCGACCUGCUCCACACCGCCGGCGUGCGCUUCCGCGCCGUCGUCGGCCAUUCCUCGGGCGAGAUCGCAGCCGCGUACGCGGCGGGGUUCCUGUCGGCCGCCGACGCCAUCUGCAUCGCCUACUACCGCGGCCUUUUUGCGCCGCUGGCGUCCGGCGGCGACGGCCAGAAGGGCGGCAUGCUGGCGGCGGGCACGUCGAUAGAGGAUGCUCGGGAGCUGUGCGGUGCCGACGCUUUUGCGGUCGAUGCGAGGUUGUCGGUCGCGGCGCACAACUCGCCGACGAGCGUCACGCUGUCGGGGGACAGUGAUGCGGUUGAUAAGGCGAUGGGUAUGCUGGAGGAGGAGGGCAAGUUUGCGAGGAGGUUGCGUGUGGAUACGGCGUAUCACUCGGCGCACAUGCAGCGCUGUGCGCCGGCGUAUUUGGCGGCCUUGAAGCGGUGCCGUAUUGUGGUCUUGUCGCCCGAGCCGGAGGAUGAUGCGCCGCUUUGGUUUUCCAGCGUUCGUUCGGACUCGGCCGUCAUGGGGAGCCAUGGUGGAGUGGGCACAGAAGGCCUUGAUGGCCAAUAUUGGGUUGACAACAUGACCAACCCUGUCCUCUUCUACCCCGCUGUCAAGGCGGCCGUGAGUUACUCUGAGUUUCCCACGGCCAUAAAUAUGGCGUUGGAGGUGGGACCCCAUCCCGCAUUGCAGGGCCCGGCGAAAGACUCGAUCCGGGAUGCCAUCAGCCGCGACAUGCCCUAUCAUGGCACGCUGAAGCGCGGAAGUGACGACGUCGAGGCCUUUGCCGAUGCACUGGGCUAUAUCUGGGCCCUUUUGGGGCCCUCCGCGGUAGACCUCGGGGGUUUCCAGAAAGCAUUCAAGGGCCCGGAUUCCCGCGAUCCUCACAUGCUGCACCAUCUCCCUCGGUAUCCCUGGGACCACGACCGGUCCCUUUGGGCCGAGUCGCGGUUGAGCAAGCUAUUCCGAACACAGCCCGGAAAAUUCCACGAUCUUCUCGGGGUUCCCACCGCCGACGGAAUGGCGGACGAACGGCGGUGGCGCAAUGUUCUGAAGAUCAAAGAGAUCAAGUGGCUCUCGGGCCACGCGCUUCAGGGGCAGACCGUCUUCCCCGGCACGGGAUACAUCGCCAUGGCUAUGGAGGCCGGAAUGCAGCUAGCCAAAGGCCGGCCGGCUCUGUGCGUCGAUCUCCUGAACCUAAAAAUCACCAAGGCCAUCGCCCUCAGCGAUGCUUUUGCGACCGAGUUGGUGGUGUCCAUGACCAAAGUGAAGGAGCAGUCCGACAAGACCAUCACGGCCGACUACUCCGUCUUCUCGAGUACUAGCAAGGACGCUAUGCAGCUCGCCCUCAACUGCUCCGGGCAGGUGUGCGUCACGCUGGGAGACUCGGACGACACGGAGGACCCGGCGGGACGUUUUGCCAAGAGAACACCUCCCGUCACCGCGCUGUCCCAGGUCGACGUGGACCGGUUUUACCAGGUUCUGAAGGACGAUCUUGGGUAUGGUUAUGAUGGUCCAUUCCGUGCUUUGACCGAAAUCCGACGUCGAUCUGGGUUCUCUACGGCCACGAUCCAAAACACGGCCUUCGGGGACGGCGAGACGGAUCUGCUCUUCCACCCGGGAGUGCUGGACAGCGCUCUGCAGGGCCUCAACGCUGCGUGCAGCGCCCCUGGUGACGGCCGGAUCUGGUCCAUCGUGGCGCCGACCUACUUCCAGCGCGUGUCGCUGAUACCCUCGCUGUGCGGCACAAACAUGACCGAUACGGUCCAGAUCGACUGCACCAUCACCGAUCCUCGCAACGACCGCAUCACAGGCGACGUGGACGUGUACUCGGCCGGGUACGAGAACAAGAUCAUCGAGAUCGAGGGCGUCCGCUUCUCCCCUUUCGCGGGUGCCACAAGCAAUGAUGAUCGUCACCUUUUCCAGGAGGCCUUUAUGUGUCUCGAUGAACCGGAUGCCGAGCUCGUCUUCGAGGAGGGCAACUUCAUCUCGCUGUCCACGGCGGAGCACCGCCAAAAAGGGAUUGAUGCCGAGCGGGUGGCCUUCUUCUACUUGAAGAACCUGCACCUCUCCGUCAGCCACGCAGACCGCAAGAAUCUCCCCUGGUACCGACAGGCACUCAUCAGCAACGCGGAAAAGUUGUACGAACAAGUCCGAAGCGGCAGCCACCCCCACGCACCCAAGUCGUGGGUGGACGACACGCACGACAGCAUCGUGGCCAUAAUGGACCGCUAUGACGCCCAAGACGCGGAUUUCAACCUCACCCGGGCCGUGGGCGAGCACCUCGUCGUCCCCUCGGUGCUAUCCGGCGAGACCAGCAUCCUCGAGCACAUGACCAAGGACAACUACCUGGACCGGUACUACAUCCACGCCAUCGGCUUCGAAAUCCUCAACCACCUAGUAUCAGGCGUGAUGCGACAGCUAUGCGUCAAGCACCCACGGAUGCGCAUUCUGGAGAUCGGCGCGGGCACGGGCGGCGCAACGCAAGCCGUGUUCAAGGCCAUCGACAACGCGUACGGCACAUACACAUACACGGACAUCUCGAGCGGCUUCUUCGAGCGGGCGGCGGCCAAGUUCCGCGACCAGGCCGGCCUGGUCUUUACGACGCUCGACAUCGAGGACGACCCGACGACGCAGGGCUACGAGGCCGGCGCGUACGAGGUCGUGGUGGCGUCCAACGUGCUCCACGCGACCAAGUCGAUGAAGACGACGCUCGCCCACACGCGCAAGCUGCUGCGCCCCGGCGGGUAUCUCGUGCUGCUCGAGGUGAUUCGCAGCGAUGUCAUGCGCCACGGGUUGGUCAUGGGCGGGCUGCCGGGUUGGUGGGUCGGCCUCGAGGACGGCCGGCCCACGGGCCCCAGCCUGACGCUCGAGGAGUGGGACGCCGUGCUGCGCGAGACGGGGUUUGGGGGUAUCGAGACCAGCUCGCCUAUGCCAGAUCCUGUUACCGUUCCGGGGUCGGUCUUUGUUGCGCGCGCCGUGGAUGACCGUGUCGCGUUCCUCCGCGAGCCGCUUAGUUUGGCAGCUCCGGACGCGAGUCACGGCCCGCUGGUGAUUCUCGGUAGCGCGGAAGAGGCACCUCGCAUGGUGGAAGACCUGUCGCUGGUUCUGGGCUCGUACUUCAGUCCCAUCAUUUGCCUGGAAGGACUCGACGACGUACCGGAGACCCUGCCCAAGGAUGUCCAUGUCAUCAGCUUGAUCGAGACCGGGAGCGACAGCGGACUCUUCAUAGACAUCAACGAGUCCCGAUGGGAGAAGCUCAAGGCACUCGUCUCUUCAGCGGCCAGCAUGUUAUGGCUCCUUCGACAGAGCCACGACGACAACCCGCAUGGCGGCACCACGCUCGGGCUGUUCCGGACGCUCUUCUACGAGCUGCCCGGCACGCUCCUGCAGACGCUCGACCUCGGGCCGGGGGUGUCGGUAUCCAGCGUGCAGGCGAGCAUGUUGGCCGAGUUGAUGCUGCGGCUCAAGUCGACGACGCAGAUGGUGCGCUCAGGCGCGUCUGAGAAGGUGCUAUGGAACUUUGAGCCCGAGCUGGUCUUGCAGAAAGACCAUCGUGUCUACACGCCGCGGGUGCGCCAGAACGUGGCCCAGAACGCGCGCUACAACUCGGCCAAGCGCGAGAUCAAGGAGUUGGUCGACGUGGACUCGGCUGUCCUGGAGCUCGUCAAGCGUGAUAAUGACGCCGGCUCCUACAUGGUGCGUGAGAAGCUUGCCAUCCCUACGGUAGGCAAGCGGAGGCCAUCAACGGCUGUCAAUGGGUGGCACUACGGCACUGAUACAGACGUCUCGGAAGAGAGCGACGCCAGCAGUGAUAACACCUCCGGGGUAGAAGAUGGCGACGGCCGCAUCACUAUUCGGGUUUCGUGUUCGCUCCUCUCAUCGAUCAAGACACCUGCGGGUUACUUCUUUCUCCAGGUUGGCCGUGAUGUCCAGAACGGCCACAAGUACAUGUGUUUCUCGGACUCCAACACCUCCACCGUCACGGUCCCGCGCUCGGCUGCCAUCUGGGUGGACCAGGACCAGCCCGACGGCAUGGACAUCGUCGACGGCCAGUACAUGUCUUUUGUCGUGGCCGAGCUCAUGACGCAGCAGAUCCUGAGCAUGCUGCCGCCCGCGGGUGUGGUGCUCGCGUACGAGCCGGACCCGACCGUGGCAUCGCUGCUGGCCAAGCAGCUUUCCAACAUGGGUCGCCGUGCCGUGUUCAUCACAUCCAAACCCGAGGCUGAGGGUAGAAAGAUGCGCAACUGGGUCUAUCUGCAUCCGCGCAGUCCCAAGCGAGCUGUCGACGCCCUUGUCGCUAGCGUGGGCGAGGAAGUGACGCUAUUCUUUGACACUUCCCUCCAAGACAAUGGCGUAGCAUCUCGCAUUCCGCUGUCCCUGUCUGAGCGGUGCGAGAAGCUGUCGCUCGCGAGAAUGGCUGCCUCAACGGCCACGCAGCUCGCGACAUAUGGAAGCAGCGCCGGGUCGGGGGCACCCAAGGUCCUGGCGAGGUUGCUGCGCAAGGUGGCGGCGUUUGCCUCGUCGCAGCUUUACUCCAUCCCCGACGGCGCGCCGCUCGACGUUCUGCCGCUGAAACAAAUCGUGGGGCCAGUCCCGCCGAGGACUCCGUACACACUCAUAUAUUGGCAGAUCGACUCCCACGUUCCCGUCUCGAUCGAGCCCGUGUCCAAACGCGAGGAUCUCUUCCGGCCAGACAGAACCUAUUGGCUAGCGGGUUUGGGCGGCGACCUCGGUCGGUCCCUCGCCGACUUUAUGAUCGCUCACAAUGACAAGGAGCGAGGCGCAACGGUGGCAUACCGAGCUUGGUAAGGCGGCUUCCCCUCCCCCCUUUUCUCCCCCAUUACUUUGAAGCUGGGAAACUAACCC